AUGCGAGGUACCCUUGACACCGAUUCCUUGCAAUUCGACCCGGAGAUAGAGAAAACAGCAAAAAGAAACAGAAAACUUGCUAAAGAAAGGAGACAGCAAGAAAAAGAAGCUUCAAGCUCAAUAGAACCAAGAGAAGAAGCAAUGGGAGACAACAAUGUACCUCCACCACCUCCGAGAACGUUAGGAGAUUACAUGACUCCUGCUCGAGUUCCACGGACGGCAAGCAUUGUUAGACCAAACGUGGAUGCUAAUAAUUUUGAACUCAAGCCUGCAUUAUUGCAACUGAUUCAAAAAGACCAGUUUGCCGGAGGAAGCACGGAAGACCCUUACAUCCAUCUUGAAAACUUCUUGCUAUAUUGUGAUACCUUGAAGAUGAAUGGGGUGUCUUGGGAUGCUAUUUUGCUCAGAUUGUUCCCUUGUUCACUUAAAGAUGAUCCGAGAGGAUGGAGGGUCCUUAAAACAAAAACUCCAGAGGAAGCUUUGGAAUUACUAGAAUCUCUAGCCUCUCAGGAGUACGAUAAUGCUCCAGUACCACAGAGAAGAGCGAGGAUUAUGAAGCUUGAUGGCUAUGAUGCCAUCUUAGCUCAGAAUGAACAGAUUUUACAAAUUAACAAGAAACAACAAGAACAACUAGAUGCUCUCACAAAGCAAUUUACCAGUUCUCAAGUCUCUUCUGUUAAUAAUAUUCAAAUAACUUGUGAUAUUUGUGCAGGUGCCCAUGCUACUGAAGACUGCAGGGCACCCGAAACUGCAGAUGUUAAUGGAAUUUGGCAUGAUCAAAAGGCUCCAUAUAAUCCGGGGAGGAACCGAUACGGAAAUAACCAGAAUCAAGGAGAAGACACUUCAGCCUUUAUGCAAGAAACAAAGGCCUCAUUCCGGAAUCUUGAAACUCAGAUUGGCCAGCUGUCAAGGCAAUUCACUGAAAGAGUUCAAGGAACUUUUCCAGGUAACACUAUUCCAAAUCCAAGUAGGGAACACUACAAUGCAAUUACUAUUAUGAGUGAGAAAGCCAUUGAACCUGUGGAAAAAGAAAAGGAAGUUGCUAAAGAAUCUGCUGCAGAGAAAACUGUUCCUGAAAAGAAAGAGUUCAAAUGGGAGAAAAAGAAAGCUCAAGAAAGGCAAGAAAAGUCAUUGGAGCUCUCACCUUAUGCAAAGAUUCCAUAUCCACAGUCGUUCAGAGAAGAAAUUCAAAAGCAACAGUACUCCAGGUUCCUUGAUAUUUUCAAGAAGCUGCAAAUCAAUAUCCCAUUUACCGAAGCCUUGGAGAAUAUGCCCAAUUACGUGAAGUUCAUGAAAGAUCUACUGUCAAGAAAGCGUAAGCUGCAGGAAUGUGAGACGGUGACUCUGACAGAGGAAUGCAGUGCCAUUAUCCAGAAAAAGUUGCCUCCAAAGAUUAAAGAUCCAACAUUCCAUGCAACAUAG